AGCGGCUCGCGCUCAGAGCUGAACGAGCAUCAGCGUGAUCCUAGAGUUUGUGGAGACGGUCAGUUGUGCGUGUUUGGGUCGGUCAGCGUUUAGAUGCCCACAGUGAGGCGCAUCUGAACGUCUUUUGGAUCCAAACCUCUGUCUGAGACUCGUACCCACAAAGCGGUAAAGCCAUGGUGGCGAUGACCAAGACACUGAAGGUCUUCGAGAUCGUCUUCAACGACCCGAGCAAGACCUUCUACACCAGUGGAGAUAAAGUGGCCGGGAAGGUCCUGGUGGAGGUGACCGAGGUGACCAGGGUGCAGCUCGUGAAGGUGCUGGGCAUCGGCUGCGCCAGGGUGGAGUAUGCCAAGGGCAAGCAGAGGUGCAAGGAAGAGGUCGACUACCUGAAGUACGAGGAGGUGGUUCACCUGGACGACCAGCCUGCAGAUACUGAUGGCUCAGUCAUCCUCCGGCCUGGGAACAAGUAUGAGUACACGUUUGGCUUUGAGCUUCCACCAGGGCAACUGGUGUCCUCAUACAAGGGCAAGUUUGGAUAUGUGCAGUACUACGUGAAGGCCCUGAUGGAGAGGCCCUCUCAUCCUGCUCUGGAGUGCAAGAGGCACUUCGAGGUGGAGGAACCAAUUGAUGUGAACACCCCAGACCUCCUGUCCCCAACGGGUGGGAUGAAGGAGAAGAAGGUCACCUGCAUGUUCAUCCCCGAUGGCCAGGUGUCGCUGAACGCGAAGAUCGACAGACGCGGCUUCUGCGAAGGCGAGGACAUCUGCAUCGACGCCAAGUUUGAGAACACCUGCUCGAGGAUUGUGGUGCCCAAAGCCGCCAUCGUGGCCAAGCACACCUACCAGGCCAACGGGCGCACCAAGGUCUUCAGGCAGAAGCUUUCUUCAGUUCGGGGCAACCACAUCAUCUCCGGCAUGUGCGACGCCUGGCAGGGGAAGUCCAUCCGAGUGCCCAAGAUCAAGCCCUCCAUCCUGGGCUGCAACAUCAUCCGCGUGGAGUACGCACUCAUGAUCUACAUGCACAUCCCAGGCAGCGAGAAGCUGAUCCUGGAGCUUCCUCUGGUCAUCGGCACCGUGCCCUACAACGGCUUCGGCAGCCGGACCAACAGCAUGAGCAGCCAGGAGGGUUCCACCAGCACGGCCUCGGCCAGCUGGGUGUCCCUGCGCAUGCCGUCCUCCGCUCCUCCCAGCUACUGUGACGUGACCCGCGACUGCCGGCUUGACCAGCCCCUCACACCCCUGCUGGACGACUACGACGGCGGGGACAGUCCCAUCUUCAUGAACACGCCACAGUUCCAGUUCCCUCCACUUCCUGCCUACUCAGAGGUGGAGGAAGAAUACAACGGAAACGCUCGUAUGCUUCCAGUAUGCUGAGCCCCUCGGCCCCUCCAGGACUGAAGCCCAUCAUAAACGAGCCACUUUUUACUCCAUAGAUAAUUCACCAUUCAGGAACUGAAGUGUGAGCUGUUGGAAGGCCUUUUCCGGGCUCAGGAAGAGUUCGGGGCCGAAGAACGUCGGAAGUCCGGAGAAAUAGGGUCCACUGUCUUGGGUUUUCCAUGCUUGCGCUCCGGGUGGCCGUCACUCGAGAGCCGCUUUCCGAGUGCACGGUGGACAGACGCCGUUUCAGGGCCUGAAAGAAGCUGCUCCUCUUUAAUAUUCCUGCUGAGACGCGAAGCUGACUGUUGCGUUAUUGUAGCCGUAUAGUCACUCCCGAGACUUUCCCCAAAAGGGAAGAACCCCCUUUCCAGAAGUUUUCCAGCGUAUUGAUUAGCUUUCAUCCUCUUUGGCUGACUGUUCUUCAUCUAUUACUAAUCAUUCCAUUAGAUUCCUCUGUCUUCGAGGAUUUUGUUUGAGGAACCGUCAUUUUAACAUGUACCGUCAUCAUUUUGUGUUGGUGAUUGUUGAGUUAGAAGCAGGUAAGCCUAGUCAGAGAUGGAAGUGGGAAAGGUCAGCGUGAGAUGCCGCAUGUUUUGCCUCAAGAUGUGAAGGGAAUGUCGUGCAGAGUUCGUCUUUCCGUAUCGAUCAGUGUUUGAUGAUGCUGUUUCUUCUAUGAUGCACUUUUCUUGUGGAUGCAAUUUGCUCUGUAACUGCCUACAGGGACGAUUUUCUAUAUUAAGGUAUUCCGUGUCUGUUUGUCCUCUGUUUGUUUCCUUGUAGUCUUCCGAUUUUUAUAUGAGAGACCGUGUGCUGUACUGCAGCUGGUGUAAAGAUCAACCUUCCACUGUUUAGUGCUCAAAACCUCUCAUGUAUCAAGGGCUCCAUUUAGUGUUUGAAUGUGGACUUUAUUAGCGAGCCAGAAGAGAUCGUUGCUCUAAAAGUGCCAAAAAGUGGUGCACAGGGGUUCCGAGCCCCAUUCAGUAUCAGGAAUUGCACUGUGUGCAUAAAUAUCGUCGAUAUGAAUCCGUUUCUUGUUUGUUUUUCUUCCCCGAGAUGACAUUUCAGUUCGGAAAGUUCUUCCAGGUCUUCGCUGUGUGUCGGUGUGUUUUCACCUUAAUGUCAAGACUGAUCUGUGGCAUGACUUUUUUUGCAAUGCAUCUUUUUUAUGUAUAUAAAUUGAAUGGAUUUUGUAUCAGAAACCCUGUGGGUUAGUUUUCAAUAAAAGAUUGAAAAUUUUA